AUUUUUAGAAGAUCGCGGAAAGUCACAUACACAGCUCGGGGAUAUUAUUAUUAUUAUGCUAUGCUAUGUGUGGUACAUAUAUGUGCUCAACUCGUGCGGUAGCCCCGGCAACAAGAGGUAAGCAUGGCACAGGUAAGCGAAGACAGCGCAGAUGCGGAACCGGUGAUACGGAAAGUUACUCAGGAGAGUGGUGUUACGUAUAAACUAGCAGAUUUACUCGAAGCAUGGGGUGUCUCUAAGACGUUGAAUCAGUGCGUGAGUGACAAGUGGGAGUGUGAGCUCAUCCCGAUAGCUGAGAAUGACGACGAUGUGCGGACUCACCUGAUAAAUGCUGUACCGUUCCUGGUAGAUUCCUCUCAUGCCAAGGAUGUGUUCGACGCCGUUGGCGAGGAUGGUCUCGACUUCCUUCAACAAGAUGACAAAAACCACUUCUCCACGCCCAAAAUAGCGAUGGUGGGUGGCUGGGGCAGGCCAGGCAUGCACGUGCUAUCCAACUCACAUCUGCGCUUAGUAAACUCGUUUUCUGAAGUUCUGGUGCCAGACGGACCUCCGCUGAACUUGCAGAUGUUCCACAGAGGAGAAGAUCUGGUGCGUUUAGGGGCGCUGCCUGGAGGUCUGCAUUGGCCAGCAGAGGCUCUCUUUGAAGCGGGUGAGAAAAGCGAUCUGGGUGUUCGUUUGGAUAUGGCUACUCGUGUGUCGCAGCGCAACGCACUCACCUGGUGGCACUUAGAUGACUGUGGAGAAUUUGUGUUCCAAGUAGGAUUGCCGUUAAAACAAAACACCGCACCCACACACGAUGUUUUGUUGGGACCAGGAGGCAAACCGGUAGUCAAACUGUUCAUUUACGCCGCACGGGACGAUUACGAUUUCAUAACACAGGAUAAAGAGACUAACAAAACUCUACAUUUCUCUGCUCUGGACUUACUUAACACGCCCUCACAGAACGUGCCGGAGACGCAUCGCUUACCCAAGUUCUAUGUGGCGUGCCUGGAAGCCGGCGGCAGACCCUUCCUGGCACCUCCGAAUGUGCCCCACCUGGUCAUGACUAUGCAGGACUGUGUGAUGGUAGAGGAGCGCAAGAUUAGCAAGUUAUUUUUGGAUGAGGUGGCAUACUUCUCUGAGCGCGCUUCACGGUGGAAGGAAGGCCCAAUUAUGUAUCCAUUCGUCACCGAGGAUAUGCAAAACGAACAACUGGUUUCUGAUAACGUUAUCCGGCCUUUACUCAGUGCUUUGAAUCGGGAACUGACAGGUCGACGAUAUACCUCAGGACUAGAGACUGACCAAUGGAAGCACGUUGUACGCACACGUGCUGCUGUAUCUCUCCAAACACUGCUUGAUAGCAGUCCACAGUGGUUCGCACUGAGUGCAAAUGACGAGCUGCUUAUAGCUGAAGCUCUGGCAAGGAACGCGGUAGACACAUCGGCAGACGCGCGAGCAAUACAACAGCCGCGAUUACAAAUGGUUAUGCGCACGCUCAAACCGGGUAUCAGUAGUUUACGCACGGGAGAAUACGCCGCAUAUGUACACGUGGGUGGAAAAUCACGGUGGGGCCCUGCUAGAGACUCGGCGGAACUAGCCACAGCUGAUAGAAAACGACUGGUGGCCGCAAGGAAAGCAAAGACACUGGAUGAGCUGGAUUGGUAGUUGAUAGCUGGGUAGUUUGGUAGAUAGGACCAAUUUGAACUUAGUGCAGUUUACGUGAAUCAGAAGAAGCUGACGCACAUCGCACGUGGGACAAACGUGUGGAUAUGAGGUGGUGGUUAUCGAAGAUGACCUUAUCUGCCUCUAACAUUAUGUGAUAACAAACAAGAGGUACAAUAAAUGUGCAAUUCAGAUGCGCACUACCUAACUGUGCACGUCUGAUGCUUCGACAAUCGACACCUAUGACGCAUCCAAGCAAAAUUAAUUAAUAAAGGUUUGGUGCAGCCGUGCAGUUGUGCAGGUCAACAGCAGUGAGCAGUCAUAUCACAUAUGUCUUUUUUAAGGAGGCUACACAGCAGCGGUGUUUCCGUUGGCUUUCAU